AUGCGGUUCGUCAUUCCCUUCAUCACCCUCAGCUCCCUGGCUGCGGCCAUCAGCAUCACCGAGCCGGCCCUCAACUCAACCUACGCCGCCGGUUCCACCAUCACCGUCAACUGGACCACGGUUGACACCGAUCCCACCACCUUCAGCCUCUAUCUCUGGAAUUUCGUCUACUGGCCACCCUCCUAUGUCCCCUUGGCGCUUGACAUUCCGACCUCCGACCUGUCAUACCCCGUGCAAAUCCCCUGCGACACCGAUCCCGAGUGGGGCUACCAGAUCAGCGGGAUCAACGGCACCAACGUCUAUAUCAUCUACGCCCAGUCCGAGAAAUUCUUCGUCUCCGACGCGGCCAACGCGACCGACUGUGUUGAUACGAGUCUUACAGCACCCGGAGCAUCUGCUACGUCUACCUGCCCUGCAGCAUCUACCGUUUAUGUCACGGUGAGCCCUACCGCGUCCAGCUCUGCUUUGUUCCACCACAGUCAUCACCAUGAUCAUCAUCUGCUUCAUGACCAUUCCUCCCAUCUCCCGGCUCCUUCAUCCACUCCUGCUCCUGCCUCCUCCAGAUCUGUCAAGCCAGGAAUCGUGCCUAAGACUAUUGGUUGGUGUUCAGACUAUUCCCACCCUGUGACCUUGAACAAGGUUCCCACGCCGACGGCAGCAUUGUAUGAGGCGGAGACGGCGUCCCAGGCCAGCACUCAGGAUGUCAGCUUCGUGACGGCCACCACUACCAUGAGCGUUGUCGGCAGUGCCGGGAGCGAUGGAUGUCCUUUUGUCUGA